AUGUUUUCCAACGAUAGUGAAUUCAAAAAUAUGGAGACUAUGGUCAAACUGCUUGGACUGCCAAACUCCUGUGAUCUGGACAAAGGUCUUAGAACAAGAGAGUUCUUCAAACGUGUUGGAGGUGGAUGGGCGCUGAAGACUCUCGAGGAGUUUGAAGACUUUCCCAAUUUUCGUUCGGCUUUGACACAUCUAUACUUUGAAAGAUGUCCUUCAGAGACCGAACUAGUCCCGUUCUACAUGAAGAAUCCUAAAGAGCUGACUGAAUGCUUGGACCUGGCCGAGAGCAUGCUCUAUCUUGAAGAAUCUGACAGAAUCACUGCUGCUGAAAUUAUGGAACAUGACUUUAUCAUAAUGAAAACACUUAUGCCAGUCAAGAAAGUUCCUAAGGCUACUCCCAAGGUUUUGGUGAAACCGGUUCAACCAGAAAGCACCGGAAAUUCAAAGGAGGUUGUCGACUCGCAGAGGAAGAAGAUUCUGAUGUCCAAAGAGAAGGCUCGUAAAACCUUUGAUGUGAUCCAACAGAAGGACAGACGCAGUGAGAGCAACAAAGCUGAGCUCCAGGAGGCUCCUGUGAUCUCUCCCAGGGUCAUUAUGGUGAAACCGGCCUCACCAGAGAACAUCAUCGAAUUCCAGGAGCUUGAUGAUGUUCAGAAGGAGAGUCACAAGGUUCUGAUGUCCAGAGAGAAGGCUCAUAGAAGCUUUAACAUGACCCAACAGAAGAACAGACGCAGUGGGAGCAGCAGAGCUGAGGUCCAGGAAGCUCCUGUGUCCUCUCACAGGGUCAUUAUGGUGAAACCGGCCCGACCAGAAAACACCAUACGAUUGCAGGAGGGUGACCUGGUAAAGAGUGUGACGAGUGUGGAGCUCCACUCCGCAGAGAGGACCACACAGAGAGACCCUAUUCAGGACCAGCAGCAGAGUGACAGUCGACUUAAUAUGGAGACAAAGGCUGAAGACAGAGAGCCCGCUCUGAUACAGACUCCCACGUCUACUCGCUGUGACGCUGUAGACGAGAGGCUCGAAGACAGGCCUAAAAGGAAACUUUGGAUAAAGAGAACAGCCAAAGUGCAGCCUCUGAACGACUCCACACUGCCCCCUACUGAAGAUGAUUUUGUCCCAAAGAAGAAGAGGAAACACAUCUUCAGGAGAGCAAAGGAAAGACAAAUUUUGCCACAGUUUCUGGAUUGGAUUUUGGUCUGGACCUGGUGGAAGCUAAACAUCCUCCUCAGCCUUAAAGUGACGUAA